AAAAAACUUUUAUUAAUUAAAGAAAAAAAAAAGUUUAAUAUCUAACUAUUUUCUAUUUAAAGGAUUCUUAUAGAAAUAUAAUUGCUUAGUAAAAUGAACAUAAAUAAUAAUAGAUUAACUAUUUCUUUUUUUAUCUUUUUGCUUGCUAUAAAUAUCAUUUACUGUAGGGAUGAUAUAAGAAUACUUGGUUCAAAGAGAGGUAGUAGUAUCAGUAGUAGAUCAAGAUCAUCAUCUACAUCACGUGGCGGCAGUACAAAUAAUAGUGGAUAAGGAGCAAAUAACUCUACUAUUUCUACGGGAGGUAGCAUCUCAAAUAAAGACUUAAUAAUUAUAAUUGUAAUCCCAAUAGCAGUUGUUGUUUUUGUUAUUUUUCUUAUUUGCUUAUGUAGGAGAAUAAGAUUGGCAAAAUAAAAAGUAGUAGCUAAUAAUAUUUAAUUUACUAACUAAUAAGACAUGAAUAAAUAAAUGCAGGCAUGCAAUCCUAUUCAGUAAGAACCUAAUAAUUAAUAGCAAUAAGUAUUUUAUUAUCCAAACUAAUAUGGAGUUAAUUAAUAAUAGCUCUAAGUGAAUCAGAAUAUAUCAUAUUAAUAAACAAACUAGGAAUAAUCUUAUUUAUACUUUUAAUAACCAGCUAUUUAAUAAGCAAGUAUAUUAUGA